AUAUAAAUGAGUGUGAAACCAUUCCAAACACAUGUGAAAAUGGAAAAUGUACCAAUACAGAAGGCAGCUAUUUCUGUGUAUGUGAUCCGGGCUAUGAAACCAAUGCUGACCGCACACAGUGUGCAGUUUUUAAGAGGAAGACAUGUUUUAGCCGCAUCUCCGCGGGAACCUGUGCUGAUCCCAUGGGAAUCCUGUUGUCCUUGCGUGACUGCUGCUGUGAGAUGGGGAAAGGCUGGGGCAAUUCCUCCAUUUGUCAACUCUGUCCCGAAAAAAACUCAGAUGCCCACAGAGAACUAUGUGUAGUGUCUGAUUUGAAGAGGAAUGAGUGUAGCCUGUUUCCCACAUUGUGUACCAACGCUCGGUGUGUCAACACGUUACAGGCCUACCGUUGUGACUGUAAUGCUGGAUUCAAACCUACAAGUGAUCCGGAUGUUUGUAUCG